GCUGGAACCUGGUUGUUGCUGAUAGUAUCCGGCCAACGGACAUUCAAUAUCUUGCGUAGCCAACUAUUUGCAAAUACUUGUAACUUAUUGAUGAUGUUUGUGGUAGUUCUCCAUACAGUAGAACUGUCUUGACGUCCGUAUUGAAGAUUCUGACUUAUUUUGGUUGACAAUCGUUUUAAAUUCUAUAUGUUCUUCAACUGUAGGACUGCUGUUUUUGCUUUUCCAAUCCUCGCCUUUACGUCUUCAUCAGAUCUUCCUUGUUAAUCGAUGAUGCUAACGAGGUGCGUGAAACUUUCCACCUGUUCCAGAGUUCUUCUAUCGAAUUUGAUUGUGUUGAUGUUCUCCGUGUUGUAUUUGAGUUUGUUGCUUUUUCCCUUGUGUAUGUUGAGGCUGCUACUGCACUGAUAUAUAGUUAUGAUGUCACAUAAUCGGUUAUUUAUAAAAUGAAAAAUUUGUACUUACUAAUUCUGUAUUCAUGGUCAUUUUGAUUGAAUAUAUAAAACAGUAAGCGUAAAGAAAGAGGAAAAUAAAUUUCUGUUGUCUACCCUGUCAAAAAUUUACUGUUUAAUUAGAUAUUAGUUAUGUUAAAUAAAUUUUAAUUCUCAAAGCACGUUACACUGCACCAGUCAAAUUUAAAGGUCUAUAAUGCGAUGGUUUUCUAAAAAUUCUGGUUCACAACGCGCUUUAGUAGAGAAUAAGCUGAAAAUAAAGAAAAAACCGUUACUGUGGUCGCUUUUAUGCACAACGAAGCGGUCAAGUUUAACUUUUAAGCGUCCCUUUCGAGAGAGUGUCGAUACUCAAAAGUCAAGGUGGGUUCAGCAACGUCGAAAGUCAAGAAUAUCUAGUAACUUUGACACUAAUCUUUUGUCGUCUCUUGAGUCUCUAUCAAGUGAAUCAGGAAAUUAUAUAGAAACAUUUAAACGGGACGAUCCAAUUGCUCCUACUUUAGAACAAUGUUCUAAUGAAUUACCUAUAGCUUAUUGUCCAAAUUGUCACACAAAUGUAGUUCCAGUAUAUCAAAAGGUUAUCUAUUCAAAUCAUGCGAUUAUGGAUAAUAAGGUUUCAGGAAGUGAAAUGCUUGAAAUAUCUAACGAAUAUACUGUCUACGAAUCUGUCUAUAAAAAUAGUCUACUUUCUACUGAUACUAAUAUGGAUUGCGAGUUAAUUGAGCGCAAAGAAUUUCAACCAGUUGACAAGUUACAAUUACCUUUGUAUUUCUUGCCAAUGGAACCGUUAGCUUUCAGUACUAUCGAUCGUAAAGUUAUUGCUUUCGAUGACUGUAAAACAGUGUACGACGAAGUUGCUUCCGAAAAUGAAGAAGAUUCAUCUUCAGGGCAGUAUGAUUCACUACACUUUGUAAUGAUGAAACAAAACACCAAACCUUAUCGUAAGCGUAGCGCUUACCCUCAACCAGAUUCAUAUCAACAGAUGAAGCGGAUGAGACGAGAGGUGUUCGUUUGUGAGGAAUAAAUGUAAUCUUGUCAAAGUAAAACUACAUAUUUUAUAGUAAUUGGUGGCAGCAUUUAUGUUUAAAAACACCUUCGGCAUUUUCAAACUCGUCAAAAGUCACUAAAUUUUUGUUAUUUUGGUGUUUGUUAUUAUCAUUUUUAUAUGGUUGGCAUUGCUUCUUAAGUAGUAAUAACAUUCCGGUUUUAUAAACUA